AACUUUCCCAGAUCUGUCGUACAAGAUGGCUUCACCAAAUAACACAGGACAGGCCUCGGAGCCUGCAAUGGAUCGUCUGAAACAGCUUUACCCGAUGGUAAAUGAAGAAGAGACACCCCUGCCACGUUGCUGGAGUCCCAAAGAUAAAUAUAACUACAUCGGACUGUCGCAAAACAACCUCAGGGUCCACUACAAGGGUCAUGGAAAGACACACAAAGAUGCCGCAAGUGUCAGAGCCACUCACCCAAUACCUGCUGCCUGUGGCCUCUAUUACUUUGAGGUGAAGAUUGUGAGCAAAGGCAGGGAUGGUUACAUGGGAAUUGGACUGUCCGCGGAAAAUGUGAAUAUGAACAGACUGCCAGGCUGGGAUAAACAUUCAUACGGAUAUCACGGUGAUGAUGGGCAUUCCUUUUGCUCCUCUGGCACUGGCCAACCAUACGGUCCCACGUUCACAACUGGCGAUGUUGUUGGGUGUGGAAUCAACCUGAUUGACGGCGUUUGCUUCUACACCAAGAACGGCCACAAUCUUGGAACAGCUUUCACAGACCUGCCUCAAAAAUUAUACCCCACUGUUGGUUUGCAAACUCCAGGAGAGGUUGUCGAUGCCAAUUUUGGGCAGCAGCCUUUUGUCUUUGACAUUGAUGAUGAAAUGAAAGCUCUGCGAGCGAGAACGCGCGCCACCAUCCAAAACUACACAAUACCAGGUCCCCCUGGACAGUGGACCAACACUUUGCAAAAUGUUGUGUGUUCAUAUCUGGUGCAUCAUGGCUACUGCUCAACUGCCGAGGCCUUUGCCAAGUCCACUGGUCAACAGUUCAACGAAGACGUUACCUCAAUAAGGAACAGGCAAAGAAUAUUAAGACUAGUGCUGGCAGGGAAAAUAGGGGAAGCUAUAUCUGAAACGCAGCGUCUUUACCCAGGGUUGCUUGAGUCUGAUCACAAGCUCAUGUUUCUUUUAAAAUGCAGGCAGUUUAUUGAAAUGGUUAGCGGAGUCGACAUACCUGAGUCUUCAUCGUCGUUAUCGUCGCCACCGAGAAUAAGCACGCCACAGCAGCAGUCCGUGAUUCAAUCGACGAAGAGUUACAAGAAGCCCCGCUCGAAUCUCGCAGCAAACUUUUCCUCUCCUGUUUCGGACAUGAAUGAUGACGCAACAGGUUCAGAGGAAAACUCCAACAACACAAACUCGCUAAAUGGUGAGAGCGACGUUGACAUGGAGGCAAACAACCACAAUAAUGGCUGCCAUCAAGACGGGCACGAGGACAUGGAGAUCGACUCGAACAACGCAAAUCAAGCCAAGUCAGGCCUUUGUGGUGGGUCGAAAGCUGCCCUGGAGAGAAUCUUAUCCUUUGGUCAGGAGCUGAACGCUCUGAGUAUGGAAGUGAACCGAGAUCCACAGAGCACUCAGAUGCUUCAAGAUGCCUUCUCCCUCUUGGCUUACUCGGAUCCAUGGAAGUCGCCAGUAGGCUGGCAACUCGACCCUCAGCAAAGAGAGCCUGUCUGUGCUGCCCUUAACUCUGCCAUCUUGCAAUCAAAAUCUCUACCAAGGAGACCUCCACUGGAGAUAGCUCGAGCUCACGCGCAGGAACUAGUUGCGCUGAUGUCCCGGUCGGGACUCGGUUCGUGUGCCUUCGCCAAUCUGGACGAGUUGCUCUCUAUUCCCUGACCCUGGUGCUGACAGUACACCAUCACUGCUGGCGGCGAUCUCCUCGACACCCUAGUAAGUACCUCGCCCUCUGCUAGCUCGGAGGAUCUGGAAGAGCUCUAGAGGCGGCACCACCUCUCCACAUCAUUUGUUAUACAGCUUAAAUAAUUUCAAGUUUCCGCCCAGACCUGUUCAGUGGACAAGUCUUCUUCAGGCACUAUUUAAGGCUUCAAUCAGCUAAUUUUACGAGAUUAUUUUUACGAUCACACAUGAUUUUGCCGAUUGUGCUGCACCUCGUUGACAGAAAAAAACAUGCCUUGAGAGAUCUUCUUGGACGGUUUUUGUUUGUCAAAUCAAGAUCUCGUUAAUGCUGAAAAAGCUCAGCUCGUAGGCAGAAGAAUUCUUAGCACCGAGUGUAAUUAUUGUUGCCAAAGCUUUUUUACCGCAGUCCUUAACAUGUUUGGUCGCGCUAGAGCCCUUUCUCGUGUAUUUGUCGAGUUUUUGUCAAAUCUACUGUUUAUUGUGAAUAGCUGUACAGUUUAUAUUACGAAAUAAUUAAGCUAACAAACUCAAGAUUGUAUUUACGAUAGGCUAACGUGUAUAAAAUAAUAAAAACUCCUGUAAACGGUGCAGUGAUAGAGAUCAAGCAAACCAUCUCUGGUGUUUGUACCUUUUGCGAAUAAUGAAUGAGUGCAACCUUCCACUUCCACCACUCUGUGUAAUAACAUGCAGGAAGAAACCAUUUUUAUUCAAGCCAGGAGUUUUGUAUCUUGAAAACAAGACUAACCAUUUGGCAGAAAAUUUGUGAAUGAAAUGAUUGUGGAUGAAAUUAGUUGCAAGAGUAUUUGUACAAUUCGCCCGUGGCAAAAUUAAGUUUGAUGUUUUCUGUGAUGAUAAGUAUAAUCAGAUGCAAAUAGAAUUUUACUUACAGAAACAA